AUGCGCGGGUUUCUAGAAGGCCAUCGUGCAAUCGCACGUCCAUCCAGUGUUGAUGAAGUCUCAUCUCUGCUGCCGUGGCUGGCAGCGGUGACUCCCUUUGCUCGAGCAAACCCGCUACAAGAGCGAGACAUCCAGCUAUUUGAGGAACGGUUCAUCAACUCCUUGAACAAUUCUCUGGGCAACGACACCGUCAAGUUGGUUGGGUUCAAAACCGUGCAAAUCCCAUCCCAUGAGCCUGACGACCUGAACGCACACUACGACAAUAACCCGCACGAGUGGGGCCAAAUGUCCAACUACUUCUAUGACCGCGGCUCCGGCACCCUGCGAGUCUAUUUCCCGGUAGAAGGAGCGCUGGUGGCCCACGACGGGGCACGCCACGAGGCCAACGCUCUGGGCGAGCUGAAGCUGCAGCAGGUGAACGGGGACUACGCCGCGCUGUGUCGCAAGCAGACCGACCGGGCGACCGGCGUGGAAGGCAAUAGGCAUCAUCUGGGAUGGUAUCAUUUACCUCGACCGGGCCCCGCGGCCCCUGACGCAGUUCGUCUACGAUUUCGGGGAGAAGGUGAUUUUGGACCAUGA